UUCAUGGACCAAGGAAGUCUUCACCAAAACACACCAGCUGACUGAAGACACUGACAGUCGAUGAGGAAAACUCGAAAAAAGCUCUUUACAUUUGGAUUUUUUACUAAUGAAUUCAAUAGAGAAUGACAUCUGUUUCACCGUUAGAAAAUCGACAACAUUGUCCUGUGAUGGAUAACGAAGCUGGUGGCAUCUCUAUCGACCAGGGAGGCGAGUGGGACAGCCUCUUUGAUGAACUGGACAAUCUUGGAGAUGCAGAUGAGCUGCUGGAAGCGCUGGAGCAUGCAGGCUUUGCCAAUGAGGGACCCAACUUAGAUUUUGAUAUUGACAUACCUGCUUGGAAUGAAGUGGACACACACAGCAUCUACACUGAUGGCGAGGUGAGUGUGGCCUCUCUGUCACCUGCACACACAUUGAGCUCGGUCCCCUCUCCCUCCUCUGUGGAAGCCCUGUCCCCAUACUCCUUACACGAUGAGGCUCUUUCUCCAAGAUCUCUGCCUUCUCCUGCAUCAGUUUCCUCAGAGUCCAGUGGGUUUUCUGAGGCAAUCACUCCAACUAAAAAGAUUCCAAAGAAAAGUAGUCAGCGAGACAAACCUUCCCAGCCAGUUAAGAGGCCAAUCCAGUUUUUGCCUAAGGUUUCUAUCCAGCCCAAACCUUUGAUAACAGCUGUGCCCUUGGCCCAUGCAGCAGCUCCUCUGCAAGCCAAGACUAUCAUUAUACAACCAUUGCAGACCACUGUUCUGCCUGUUGUCAAACCGACCCCUGUCAGCAUUCAACCAGCGCCACCUCCAGGCCGCCCCAUAGUGCUGUCUCAACCGAGCCAGGUGCUGCACAUCCAGCCUGCACAAGCGCUUGCGGCAAAUGUGGUUACCAUGCCAACACUCUCGAGUCCAGAGAGGCCAGUCCCUGUCACAGCUCCUCCAGUGGUCUCUGUCAGCCUCUGCGCGCCCUCCUCAGACGAUGAUUCCAAGUUGUCCCAGAGGCAGCAGCGAAUGAUAAAGAACCGUGAGUCAGCCUCCCUGUCACGGAAAAAGAAGAAAGAAUACCUGCUGUCACUGGAGGCUCGACUGAAAAUGGCGCUGUCGGAGAAUGAGGCACUCAAAAGUGAAAAUGGCAAUCUCAAGAGGCAGCUGGAGGGGCUACUGAGUGAGAACACUGGGCUAAAGACAACGGCCCCCAAGAGGAGAGCUGUAUGUCUGAUGGUUGUCGUGGUGUUCCUUGUGUUUAAUCUUGGACCAACAAGUCUCUUUCAGGGUGGCCCUGGAUCCAAGCUGGACAUUGUUUCAACACAGCACAGCGGCAGGCACCUGCUGGGCUUUUCAUCAGAGGCUGAAACUGAAGUAGUCAUAGGCUCAGAGCCUCAACACCCCCCCUCUGAAAUGGCAGACAGUUUUGAGGAUAAAGCUUUAAUGGUGGUGAAGGAUCCCAUCUUUCUCAGACCUCCUCCCCCCUGCCAGCCUCCUGUCAACAAAACCAAGUGCAUGGAGUUGGCCCACGAGCUCAGGGGCUGGGUCCACCGUCAUGAAGUGCAGCAGACCAAAUCCAGACGCAUGAGUAACAGCAAUUACAAAUCUGCUCGGACCAUUCUGAAAACAGAUGAGAAGGAGGCCUCUGAGAUUGUUACUGUGCAGUACACCAAAACUACUGAAGAAAAGAAUUCUGGCAGUGAGCUUCAGGUGUACUACGCUCCUCACAACACCUACAGUCACUUUUUUGAUGAGCUGAAUCGACGUCCAGAUACUUUCUAUGUUGUGUCUUUCAGAAGGGAUCACCUGCUGCUUCCAGCCACAAGCCACAACAAAGGACAGAGACCCAAGAUGUCUGUCAUUUUACCUGCGAUGAAUAUAAAUGAGAGCAUCAUUCGGGACUUUGAGGUGAUGAUGCAGAUUGACUGUGAGGUAACAGACACCAGGAUCCUACAUAUCAGAUCGUCCUCUAUCCCACCUGUGCUCAAAGUGAACCACACAGAAUCAUUUUACCAGCAUUCCUCCGCAGAUAACCAGACUGUGCCCCCUGUGGGUGUGCUCAUGGGGUCUGCAUAGGAUUAACACUGGCAUUAGCCAAAAAUACUCAAUUGGAUGCACAAAUGUUAAAAAAUAAUAGAUGGAGGAUGUACGAUGGGUU